GACCAGAGCAAUCCACCUCGAAAAUCUCUAACAGCAGGAAUGAUAAUCAAUUGCCGAUGGUUUACUCGCUGUUAGGAUGUCAGAAGUCAACAAGCAGACUGCACAGAAAUGUGCCAAAAUCGCAGCUGGAGCUGUUGUGUGUGUGGAAAGCGAAAUCAGAGGAGAUGUGACCAUCGGUGCCAGGACGGUCGUCCACCCCAAAGCCCGGAUCAUAGCCGAGGCAGGUCCUAUUAUUAUUGGAGAAGGGAAUCUGAUUGAGGAGCAGGCGCUCAUCAUUAACAGCUAUCCAGAGAAUAUAAUGCCAGACACAGAGGGCGUGGAGCCUAAGGUCAUGACCGUCGGGACCAACAAUGUCUUUGAAGUUGGGUGUGUGUCUCAGGCUUUGAAAAUCGGAGACAACAACGUGAUUGAGUCCAAAGCUGAUCUGGGGAGGAACGUGAUCCUGACCAGCGGCUGUAUCGUCGGCGCGUGCUGCCAGGUGAACACAUGUGAAGCCGUCCCGGAGAACACAGUUAUCUACGGCUCAAACUGCAUCAGGCGCGUGCAGACUGAGAAACCACAGCCUCAGACCCUGCAGCUCGACUUCCUCAUGAAGAUUCUGCCCAACUACCACCACUUGAAGAAGACGGUCAAAGGAAGCACCACGCCUGUCAGAAACUAACUUGAGACCGGCUCAACGUGGCUGACAUCCCCCUGACACCCACGGCAUCUGUGCACAUAUGCACCAGAAGCGCUGGUUUCGGUCUGCUAAGCGCGUCUGACCUUGUACUUGCACUUUCGGCACUCCUCUUAGACUUGUGGACCACUUUAGUUCCCCAACUUCCUGUGUGUUACCUCUAGUCUUAGCACUCACCACCACACAAGUCCAUCUUUAUUCAAUUGCUCCUGCAUAUUAGGAAUACCUCUGUGCUAUAUUUAUUCAGAUUUUAAUUUAAUUUAUUCCAUACCUCUGCCUGUUUUUAUUUUAUUUAUUUAUUUAUUUUUCAUUUUAUUUGGCACUUUUAUCUUCAUUCUAUUCCAAACUUUGCUUACUUCUGUAAUCUUUAAUGAUUUAUUUCCAAAGCUGCAAUUAUGUUACUCAUCUUUAAUUAAAACCAAAUAAAGAAAAUGGUGUUUAAAGUUGUAA